AUGUCAAUUACUUAUAAAAAAUCGUCUCAAUCAAUCUCUGUAAAAUGGAGUGCAUCCCAUUUGCCAAAUAAUCUUGCAAUUCUUCGUUCGUCAAAAUCACGUCGAUCAGCAAUGUUUGGCGUAUCAUAUAAAACUAGUUUUGCUAUGGCUACCGUAUCCGAAGAUGGAACUAAACAAAUCCAAGGUCAAGUUAUGUGUCGAACACCAGGAAGCAAUAAUAAACCUGUAAUGGAAAAUGAUAGUCGAUUUACUGCUUAUGUUAUUCAAGCUGCAUUUGUUAAUUUACCAGUUCGAAGUCUAUUAGUUUUGGCUUGUACAAAAAGUAUUCAGAUUUUUGAACCGGAUGGAACAACAAAUCUUCAUAUACAUAUGACUGAUAAAACUCCUCCCAAUCGAACAGAAGCGUCUAUUUAUGCUCGAGGUAUUACAGGUGUUGAUCAAAAUUUACUUUGCAUUGGUAAUCAUCAAGGUGAAAUUCUCGUUUUUAAUAUUCCUCCAAAAGGUACAAAUAUAUUUUUAAAAGAAACUCUUGCUGGCCAUCAAUAUGGUAUAACAGAUUUAGUAUCAAAUAAUGAAUAUUUAGUUUCAAGUGAUACAAGUGGAAUGAUAUUGAUUUGGAAUAUUGGUACAAUGUCACAAAUAAAUCAAAUUGAACCACUUGAUAAUAGUGGUAUAACAUCAUUAGCAAUGUGGAAUAAUUGUCUUAUAGCUGGUUAUGCUCAUGGUAUGCUUCGAAUUUUUGAUAUUGAAAAUGUUCAAAUGAUUGGUUCAAUUACUGCACAUGCAAGAUGUAUCAAUGCAAUUGAUUGUAAUGAAGAAGGUUUAAUAGCUUCUGUUAGUGAUGAUUGUUAUGUUAGAAUUUGGAAAUUAUCUGGUGAUGCAGAAGAUUUACAAAUUUCACAUGAAUGUAAUCAUCAUAUUGAAAAUAAUCCAUUAGUUGGAGUGAAAUUUAUGAAUUUAAACCAUGCUGAUAUCGCCGUUUCAGUAUAUGAUUCGAAUGAAAUUAUAGUUCUUCGUGCGUGA